AUGCAGAUCUUCAAAGCAGCCAUCUUACUUGUCUCCUCGAUUGGCUCCAAGGUAGCUCUUGGAUGUUACGCUGGUUUUGAGAAGGGUUGCGCUUUCAAACCGGACUACGCCAGUGACUAUUCGGCCGUUAGAACUCCAUGCAGCCAUCAGCUGCAGUUUGAAGUCUGCUGCCCCGCUGGUGUUCUACAGCAACAUAUCAGGAGAAAGGAAUUGGUUCCCUUGGGAUGCAAAGUCAACAGCUAG